UCUGCUGACAGUAGUAUAUGUAUGUCCUGCUGGAAGCACGAUUCUCCCUGUCUAACACAGAGUAAUAGACAUGUACGACAGCAGCAGCAGCGGUCUCAAGAUUCCCACAAGUCCCCAAGAAGAGGACAAAGGAGAAGGAAAGGUGUAUGGGAAAGUUUUCGCAGAACUGGAGUCAGUAGACCUGCCCCUAGGAACGACCUUAAGAUCCGUUUACGAUGAUCAGCCCAACGCACACAAAAGGUUUAUGGAGAAACUUGAUGCCAGAAUUCGCAACCAUGACCGAGAGAUUGAGAAAAUGUGCAACUUCCAUCAUCAGGGAUUCGUGGACGCCAUCACAGAACUGCUGAAAGUCCGAGCAGAUGCUGAGAAGCUGAUGGGCCAAGUGAGCGACACCAAUCGAAGACUUCAAGACGCCGGACGGGAGGUGAAGGCCCAAACGGAGGAAGUCAUCCGCUGCCGAAUUCAACAGAGGAACAUGGCCACCACGGUGGAGAAGCUGCAGCUCUGCAUUCCUGUCCUGGAAAUGUACAGCAAAUUGAAGGAGCAGCUUGAAUCGAAAAGAUACUACUCUGCAUUGAAAACCAUGGAGCAGCUAGAAAACAUUUAUAUUCCCAGAGUGAGCCAGUACAGGUUCUGCCAAAUCAUGGCUGAGACACUCCCAAAACUCAGAGAGGAGAUUAAAGAGAUCUCCAUGUCCGACCUGAAAGACUUCUUAGAGAGUAUCCGAAAGCACUCGGAUAAAAUUGGUGAAACUGCAAUGAGACAGGCUCAGCAGCACCGUACGUUUAACAGUGCGGUGCAGAAGCAGGUGACUCUGAGCUGUGCCAAACCUCUGUACGGUCUGAACAGUCGAACACCGCUUCAUCACAAUGGCCUGAUCACAGAGGCAGCGGAUGAAGAGGAGAUGGAUGAGGAGGUCUUGACGGCACAGGAUCUGGUGGAUUUUUCGCCAGUCUACCGUUGUCUUCACAUCUACACUGUUUUGGGAGACAGAGAGACAUUUGAAAAUUACUAUAGGAAGCAAAGAAAAAAACAAGCGAGAUUAGUACUGCAGCCUCAGUCUAACAUGCACGAGACAGUGGAGGGCUACAGGAAGUACUUUAAUCAGAUUGUCGGGUUCUUUGUGGUGGAGGAUCACAUAUUACAUGCCACCCAAGGCCUGGUGACCAGAGCCUUCACAGACGAGCUGUGGAACAUGGCCCUGUCCAAAAUCAUUGCAGUGCUCCGCACACACUCCUCUUACUGCGAUGAUCCCGACCUGGUCCUAGAACUGAAGAACCUGAUAGUUAUAUUUGCAGACACUUUACAGGGUUAUGGCUUCCCUGUGAACAGACUUUUUGACCUUUUGUUUGAGGUUAGAGAUCAGUACAAUGAAACACUGCUCAAGAAAUGGGCCCUGGUGUUCAGGGAUAUUUUCGAGCAGGACAACUACAGCCCCAUUCCAGUGGAAAAUGAAGAGGAGUAUAAGGCUGUGGUCAGUCGCUUCCCCUUCCAUGAUGCAGAGAUUGAAAAGCAACAAUUUCCAAAGAAGCUGCCCAUGUCCCAGUCAGUGCCUCAAAUCUACGCUCAAGUGAAGGAGUUUAUUUACGCCAGCUUGAAGUUCUCAGAGUCGCUCCAUCGCAGCUCAACAGAGAUUGACGACAUGCUCCGUAAAUCCACCAACCUGCUGCUGACGAGGACGCUGAGCAGCUGCUUACAAAAUCUCAUCAAAAAGCCACACAUAGGAUUAACCGAGCUAGUUCAAAUUAUAAUCAACACCACCCAUUUAGAGCACGCAUGUAAAUACCUAGAGGAUUUUAUCACAAACAUCACUAAUGUUUCGCCGGAAACGGUUCAUACUACAAGACUCUACGGGCUUUCCACCUUCAAGGAUGCCAGACAUGCAGCUGAAGGAGAAAUAUACACCAAACUCAACCAGAAGAUUGAUGAAUUCAUUCAGCUGGCUGAUUAUGAAUGGGGCAUGGCAGAGUCGGACGGCAGGGCCAGCGGCUACCUCAUGGACCUCAUUAACUUCCUGCGUAGCACCUUCCAGGUCUUCACACACCUUCCGGGUAAGGUGGCACAGACGGCGUGUAUGUCUGCUUGUAAACACCUGGCCACGUCACUGAUGCAGAUGCUGCUGGAUCCUGAGCUCAAACAGAUCAGUAUGGGAGCCAUUCAGCAGUUUAACCUGGACGUUAUGCAGUGUGAACUGUUUGCCAGUUCAGAGCCCGUGCCAGGAUUCCAGGGGGACACGCUGCAGUUGGCCUUCAUUGACCUCCGACAGCUUCUAGAUCUUUUCAUGGUGUGGGACUGGUCCACGUACCUGGCAGACUAUGGACAACCCACCUCAAAAUACCUGCGGGUGAACCCCUCCACUGCGCUGGCACUUUUGGAGAAAGUCAACAGAGGGUACGUAGAUCCAACAUGGAUUUCUCUUUUUCCAUAGUAUUGUGAUAUGCUGCAUGAAUAGAAUCUUACAUACAUGUGAAAUAUCAUUUAUUUCAUCAUCAUUUAUUCAUCCCACACCCACUGCAGCAUGCAUACUGUACAGAGUGGCUGAAUGAUAUCAUUUGAAUAACUCAUAUAUCAUGAUACAUAUGUUAUGUAUCACUAUAUUAUUACUAAUUCUUACUGCACUGAAAAAUGUCUGUUUGAAAUUCAUAUUAAAGUUUGUUUAGAAUCAGCAUCUGAUAUUAUGAAAUCAUGAAUCACAUGAUUAUGAAUUACAAAUUGAUGUAAUAUAUAUAUAUAUGUGUGUGUGUGUGUGCGUGUGUGCGUGUGUGUGUGUGUGUGUGUGUGUGUGUGUGUGUGUGUGGAAAAAAUAUUAGUUAAACAUUAAUAAAAAUUUUAUUUCAGGUAAAUACAUCCAAAGCAGCACUUCUGUUUUUCAUUUAAAGUUAAAAUACAAAAAUAACUAAAACUAAAUAAACUUAAACUUGAUGGAAACUAUAUAGACAUUAAAAACUACUAAAAAUUAUUAAACACAGUGCAAAAUUGCUAAAACAAGUGAAAAUUGAAAAAAUACAAAAUAUUUACAAAAACAUGAUUACUUGUUAAAUGAUUCUUAAAUAACCCUGCAGUCUGUGUAUAAAACUAUUUAGAUUUGUUUAAUAUAUUGGUCAUUAAUUGUAUUAUUUGUAGUUUUAAUGACUUUACGCCUAAUUUAUUAUUCUAAAAUGUUGAAAACUAUAAUAAUAGUUUUCUGGACUGUGAAUCUGUCUGCCAUACAUUUAUUUGCCUAUAAUUUUAUGUCCUAAUUUUGCUUUCCCAGGAUGAAAGACACAAGUAAAAAGAACAACAUCUUCUCCCAGUUCAGGAAGAACGACCGUGACAAGCAGAAACUGAUCGAGACGGUGGUGAAGCAGCUCAGAAGUCUGGUGAAUGGAAUGUCCCAGCAUUCCUAGAGUCGUCCAAACACUGGGCUGGGUUUGAAAAUGUAACUUACAAACCAUGUUAAACUUCUUUCUUUGGCCCCCUUUUUUUCAAAAUCCAAUUACUUGCUGUAAGGUAACUACUCUUAAAGUACUGUGGUAUAUUUUGACUGCAUCCUCCAUGUGUUCUGCCAAAAUGUUCAGCACUGUAGGGUUAAUAAUGUAAAUAUACGGCAAACAUGAAGAGUAAAAAAAAAUGUGAGCAUAAAAAGUUAUGCAGUAAUUUUUUGUAACGUAUUUUUAAAGGUUGAGAAUUAUGUUUUGUACGUUGUGAAAGUGCAAUGACUCCUAACACUACACUUGAGAGAGCGGAGGUGUGGAUGUGACUGCUGAUGCUGAUGGUCAUAUUGCAACCUGUAUGAAAUUCUCCCUAGUGUAACAUGGAUGAAGAUUUUAUUGUAAAUAAUUUUAAAUAUAUUUAAAACUGCUAUGGAAUCAUGCUUCCCAUCGGUCUGCCUUGAGUUGAAGUUGAACUUAUAAAUGCUAAACAUUUGCAUGAGAAUGCGUCGUUUUUUUCUUUUACGUUGGCAGACUUCUGUGGACAAACAGCACUUCUAUAUUGAAAAGAAUCUCAAAUGUUCAGCUGCAUUUCACUGAAUAAAGCACCACAGAAUUAUAUUUCAUUUUUAUUUUCUCAGGGUGAAAUGUAAGCUUUGGGUUCAGACGCUUCAGAAUCUCAUUUUUAGUUGAAAAUAAAUAAGCAAUAAUUGGCCCUGCUACAGACUCCGGCAUACAAAAUUCUAGAUUCAUUUCUUUAUUUUGUUUCUUAAAAUGUAUUUUGACCAGGCAUUUUGCACUGAGAAUUAUUUAAGUUUGCCUUUUAACAAGCAACUGUAUGCUGCUUAUAUAUUUAAAGUACCACUGUAUAUACCAUAAUAUUUUAUUAAAAUGGGGGGAAAAAAUGAAUGUAAAGAUAAAGCAUUUGUCAUCUGUUUUCAUAUUUCAGUUUCCGGUUGAUGGCUGUAACGACACUAAUAUCGGUUUCACUUUAAAAUAGCACUCAUAACUUAAAGACUUGCUUAACAAAUCACUAGUUCCUUAACAUUCAGAUAUGUUUAUCAAUGUUUCAACACAUAACAGGUAUUUGAUUGUACGUUAACUAAUGAUCUGUUAAGCAUUAUGGAGUGUGUGUUAAUAUUAAUAGGCACCAUGACAUUCAACAUUUCAACGAGGCAAACAGAAUCACAAUCUUUAAAAAUAUGUAACUGGCAUUACCUGGAGUUACACAAACCCAAGUGACUACAGUCGUUUCCAAAGUCCACCCAUUUUUAUUUGUGUGCUUUAAUAAAAUAUCACCACAAAAAUA